AACAGUAACCGAGCCGUGCACCUGUCUCGUAUUUCAUAAGGAAAUUACCCGGCUCAGUUUCAGUACUGUUAGAUCAUCUCAAUUUAGAUUUUAUAUUUUCGUAGAUGAGCUCAAGACACUUGUUCAUCAUAAUAAUGCUGAGACAAUAAUUUACAUAAUCAACUGUGCACGGCCCGGAUGAUGUAAUUUGAUUCUUGAUCGACACUCGAUUCACUGUGCCAGAGAGCUACCACUGUCCAGGCUAUCCUUACAGACCGGCAGACGUCCGUGUGAAGCUGAGCUUCGUCAAGAAAUGAAAAGUUCGAAUAUAGACCUGUAACUCGUUACAUGCUAUUAACUUCCCUCUCGAUCAGUUAUUAGUGACUGAUCAUUUCUAAGAGGAGACCUGUGAUUUCUGAAUGAGCUGCCACACAGUCGGGUCGUGGAUAUUGUCAUUGAAUUGAGUAACUGAUCUGAGUUAGACUAAUGAGUUUGACUCUGAAUCUGAGAUAAGCUGUGACUUGUGAGUUGUGACUGUAUGAGCUGUGAAAUUUAACUCGGGUGCAUCUGAUGACAGUUUUGCAAUAGUCGUGGACAUUGUAAUAAACAAUGGAGAUUUUAGGUUUAAAGAUAACCCUGCUAUUCGUUCUAUCAUUGACUAGUUUCUUCUUUGGACUAAUUCCUAUAAGAAUAGCUAAAUUUGUCACUGGCAAUGGCAAUCCAAAUAGUUCAAAUAUUCAAAGCCGAGCAAAACGUUGGAUGAGCUUCCUGAGUUGUUUUGGGGGUGGUGUAUUUUUAUGUACAUGUCUACUGGACCUCUUGCCAGAUGUGAGAGAUAAGUUGAGCACCGUCUUAGACCGAUUGGAGAUUUACACUGCAUACCCAGUAGCAGAAUUUGUUGUAGCAUGUGGAUUUUUCAUUGUGUUGAUUGUUGAGCAAACUGCAUUGGAUUGCAAAGAAAAAAGUGAUAAUUCUUCAAAGGAAUUGGUUAGAGUGACGGGGACAAACAAUGCUGGAGAUUGUGAAGCAAGUGCACCCCUCUUAUUUGAUAAUGAUGAGAAUGACGUACGAUACGAAGGAAUGAGCAAUGCCCAAGGCGAGUAUGGUAGUCUACAACAGGAAUGCAACUCCAGUCUUAAUUCCCGCACGCGCGCAAACCUGCAGAGGUCGAUAUCAAAUCGUAGUUACAGGGAUCCGAAUGCGGAGGAACCAGAUAACCAUGAUCUCCAUUCCCACUCAUCCCUUCGUUCGUUGCUUCUCCUUCUUGCUCUCUCGCUGCAUUCCAUCUUUGAGGGCUUGGCCAUGGGACUGCAGACGGAUAAAGACCAGCUCCUGGCGAUAUUCACCGCCGUCAUCAUCCACAAGAACAUCCUGGCCUUCAGUCUUGGUAUGAAUCUGGUCCAGAGCCAUCUUUCUAAGUGCUCCGUUGUCCUGUCCUGCUUGUGCUUCGCCUUGAUGGCACCCAUUGGAAUAACGCUGGGAAUCAUCCUCAUUGAGAGCUUCUCCGACUUCACGCACAGCGUCAUGGAUGGUGUUCUACAGGGCAUCGCCACGGGAACCUUCCUUUACAUCACCUUCUUUGAAGUGCUCCCUCAUGAGAUGAACUCCAGCAAGGACAGACUUCUGAAGGUGCUCUUCUUACUCCUAGGAUUCUCGACCAUGGCCGGACUCCUGUUCCUGGACCCAACCAUUAUAAGACCAAGCUGUUACAGAGGCGCUCAGCCUUUAUGAUCAUGUUUGCAUGUUUGAUAGUUUCUUCUGUAUCUUCAAAUGUUUUCAAGAAAUUAUUGCAUAGCUUUGUUACGUCUGCUGCAGACCCCUCUAGAAAGAGUCAGGAAUGCAAAUUACAUUUUGGCCAUUAGAGUAGGUAGACCUACAUGUACAUGUAUGUACGUACAUUGUAGGUGACUUUCAGGACAAGUCCAUUGAUCCAUUUCCUUAUACAUAUAUCUGUGUGCCAAAAGUUAAAAGAAAAAAAAGGCAAUUGUUUCACAAAUCAAUAUAAGGGACAGAUGAAGUUGUUAUAAAAAAAUCAAUCUAUUAUAUAAAUAUUGUAUUGGAAAUAUGUCUAAAUUCUAUACACUUCAGUUUGUUACUUUAACAUGUUAUGCACAGUAUAGUUGUAAGAAGAAUUUUUGUUAAAUUGCUUUGAGGUGUUCAUUGUUUUUGGUGAUUGACCCUAGAGGGUGUACAUUUACUUUUCAAAUAGAUGAUAUGGUAUUACAUGUAGGUCUCAUAUUAUAGGCCUAAUUAAGAAGCAGUUGCUUUGCUGCAUGAAAAUAGUUUACCAAAAUGAAGUGGUACAAAAUCAAAUAGACAUGUCCGGAACGCAAAAUGCAUAAUUGUUGAAAUUAUAUUUUCAUACCAUUGAGGUAAAACUAUAUCAUCACCAUACAGAGCUAGUAAUUAUCUAAACUACCUUGAUUAAGAUUGACAUUAAUUACCAAAAAAGUCAUUGAGAACAUGACAAAUGAACAAUUUUUUAUUCACAGAUGUCACCAACCAUUAUUCCUUUUGCGUUCCAGACUCGUCUUUUUGUACCAGUGAAUUUCGCUGAGCCACCUAAAUAAAGUCCUAGCUGCAUAUAUCAUGUAUUUACAGUUAUCUGUUCUUCUUCACCUUUCCCAUAUAAUACAUGUACUUGUACAUGUGUCAGUGUGUGUGUGUGUUUAUUCUAUUCCAAGCCAGUAAAUGUUGGACUUUCAAAAUAUAUAACCAAUUCAUGUUCACCAUAUUUCA